AUGGGAAACUGUUUGAAAGUCUUAACCAAAAAGACGCAAGGCCCUACGACAAAAGCUGAAAAAGUAAAAAAAUUAUCGCUAAAAGAUACACACCAAUUAGAUGCUAGCAAUGUAGAGAUUUUGCACGCUGAUGGGAAUACCUCUGCUUAUAUAUGCAAAUACGAAAAAAACGAAGAAGUGAAUGCGAAUGAGUUAUUGAUCAUGUAUUUUGAAGGAUUUGAUGGGAGAAAAGAAGAAGUGCAAAUCGUCGCUGGAGAAAGGGUCAGUACACUGAGGACCAAAGCUAAAGCAAUUAUGGGAUUAGAUGACAUCCACAUGGUUUUAGACGGAAAAGUGCUUGAGGACAAAUUUCUGUUGAACCAGUAUAAGGUGUCACAGGGUGCUGUGAUUGAUGUAAUCCCAGUCUACUCGCCUUAA